GUAAUAAGUUGGUUGAUUGUGGGGAACAUCAUAUAUUUCUCUCUUCUCCUCUCGAAACUUCCCUCAGUAAACAUUUAUAUAUACAUAUCUUGAUAAAUCUUGUUAAUUUUCUUUAAAUUUGCAGAUUCUUUGGAAGGCUAUCGCCAUUGAUUGCUACUGGGCUGAUGAUCCACGGGUUCAAGCUAGCUGAUUGGAUAAGAAGGGUCAUAAAGUGCAUAGUUCAUCCUUGAGUUGCUGGGGUCUUAUUGUGAUCCAUAAUCACAGAAAUGAAUUCUAUUUGCUGCUGUCAGUGUGGUGAUGAAUUUGAAGAGUUUCCCACCAAUACCAUAUACAGACACUGCCUCUGCUUAAGAUUCUUUUUCCAUCAAUUAUUCACUGGGUAUGGUGCGUUGUUUCAGAGGAUCGAAGGCCUACCUGUAUCAUCACCUAUCCAAGGAACUUCUUCAUCUUCGGGUGUUGGCUUUGCACUUCCAACUUCUUUGAACGAUGAAAACCACCCAGCCGCGAGAACCCUGCCUUAUGAUAGUGAGCAUAGAUUCACUCGUUUGCAACGUGGUCUGGUGUCUAGACGAGAGAAAUCAAUGACUCACUUCCAAGAGGAUUCACAAGCAUUGAGAAGGAGUACGAGUAGUUCUGGUAUGGAAUUUUUGGAUUUUGCAAAGAGAAGAUCAGGUAUUGAUUCUACGGAAGAUUCUAAAUGUGGUCAGCCAGAGUCCUUAGAAAAGUCCUUAUCGGUGAAAGCCCCAGAAGGGCUGCUCUAUGAGCAGUCUUCAGAUAAUGAAGACGUCUGCCCUACAUGUCUCGAAGAAUAUACUUUGGAGAAUCCUAAAAUCGUGACACAGUGCGCUCAUCAUUUUCACCUUGGUUGUAUAUAUGAAUGGAUGGAAAGAAGCGACACUUGUCCGAUGUGUGGCAAGGUGAUGGAGUUUUGUGAAAGCCCAUAGGUAUUCAUGGAAUUCGGCUAUAAAGUAUAAGAGGUUACAGUUAGAGCAUCAAAAGCUGUCAAUAAUGCGAAUUCAGUUUACUAAAACUAAUAGAACCAGGCUUGUCUAAUCUUAUAUUUUCAAAUCACCUGUUAUUAUUAU